UAUACAAUAACUUUUGAGAUGGACCGGUAUGAAGAUGUGUCAGAGGGUGAAGUGGACCACUCUUUCUUUGAUAGUGAUUUUGAGGAAGAGCCAAAGAAAGAAGAAAACCCUGUUGUAGCCAAUGGCGAAGAACAUAGUGAGCUCAUAGAAAAAGGAGAUACACACAUCGCCAAAUCAGACUCAGAAUCGGAAACAAAACUGAGGCAAGAACACAGUGCUGAGGAGGAAAGUGAAGAGAAAAAGAGAGAGUCACCAAAGGAUCAUUCCAUAAAUGGUGGCACUGACCAUAGUGGGAAUGCUUCAUCACAGUCAGUUUCUUUAAGUUCAGAAAAUGCAAGUACAUCAGGUAGAAAUUCUGCGCUAAGUAGAAGAAUACGUGUAAACAUUCCAGCUGGGAUCCCCAAAAUAGUUAGAGAAGGUGAGGAGGAUUAUUAUACAGAUGAAGAAGACAGUAGUGAUGAUGGCAGAAAACAAAGGGUUAGACCUAAAUCAGCUAAGCAAUCCAGUAGCAUAAAGAAAGUUAACAAAAAGUAUACCAAUAUUAGCUCAUCCUCAUCCUCUUCUUCCUCCUCAAGUUCGGAUACAGAUGGUUCAGAUAUGGAUUCUGAUAGCUGCAUAUCAGAUUCAUCACACUCUUCCUCAAAGAGAAGUAUAUGUAACUUGGCUCUUCUAUCUCCAAGACAAAAAUUCAGGCCAGGAAUAAAGUCAGUGGAAGUAAAACCAAAGCUUGGUGAAUACACAGAGGAGUCUGAAGAUACAGUGACUGAUGUAACACCUCUAUCAACACCAGACAUCAGUCCUAUCCAAUCUUUUGAACUUGCAGCAUCAAAUGAUAAGAAACUGAAAGUAAAAAGACAAGAAAAUGUGAGCCAAGAAUUACAGGAUGCUGAGUUUGAUCGCAGACAUAAUCAAAAGGUCUUGCAUGAUGCUGUGGACCUGAAUCAGCUUUUGAAAGCUUUUCUACAUUUGGAGAAAAAGGAACAGCAACAACUCGUCAUUGAUCAGCCAACUCCAGGGUCAAGGAAAAAUUACUCUUUCACAAAUGAGGAAGUAAGACAAAUUGAUCAGGAAAACCAAAGGCUGUUAAAAGAAUUGUCCAGACAAUCUGCAAAGCCAAGGAGCAAAAGUGCCACUCUGAAGAAACCUGCUGGCCUGCCACCUAAGUUGUACCAUAGUGCUCUCAACAGGCAAAAGGAGCAGCAAAGGAUUGAAAGAGAGAAUCUGGCUCUUCUAAAGAGACUGGAAGCUGUGAAACCAACAGUUGGUAUGAAGCGUUCUGAACAGUUGAUGGACUAUCAGCGUCAUAUGGGUUAUCUAAGUUCUUCACCAUCCACAAGACGAGGAAAGUCUGCUCUAAGCCAGCUUAGCUCUUCAAGAGGAGCUUCAAGAGCAUCUAGUGCAUCCAGUACAGUCAGUCAUAGGACUGAGAGACCAGUUUCUGAUGCAUCUAGUGGGGCGUUACGGAGACCUAAGCCCACUAAUGUUCGUGCUGCUUGGUUAUAA